GCUAAAACCUAUACCACCCCCCAUUCAUGCCACAUCGCGGAAGUCGAGUAACGAUCUGGGUGUUGUUUUGGAACAAUGUUCAGUUUGUUGGCGCGGCAAAAGAACAUUCUAGUCAGUUUGGGUUUCUGCCGAAUAAACCAGUCGACGAUGACCUCUACGGGUAAUAUCAAAACAGACGACAGCGGGUCUAUUCCCUCAGGUGGUCGCCAGGAAGUUCAAGACGUUCCGAUUGACGUCAUAAUCAGACCAUUCCCACUGGUUCUGGACGAAGAGAAAGUCCAGAGUCUCAUCAACACUUUAAAGGCAGGAGCAGACAUCCACGUUGUUCCUCCCAUCGAUGUGCUCUGGAUCAAAGGAAAAGAAGGUGGAAAUUACUUCUACUCUUUUGGCGGCUGUCACCGCUUUGCUGCCUACCAGAGAAUGAAAAUGCAUUCUAUCCCUGCCAAGAUCAUCAAAUCAACCAUCUCAGACCUCAGUACUUACCUGGGUGCUUCAACACCUGAUCUGCGGUGACAAUGGCACUUAAAAGAAAUUAUAGGCAGGAUACUGCAUGUUUUUAUUUCUCAUUGUCCCUUUUGGAAUUAUUACUUCAGACAGUGAGUCUAUAGCAGAUGAUUUUCCAGCAGGGGGCAGUAAAACUCUGCUGUCAAAUUCUUCCAUUUUUUUAAAGGAUUUAUAUUGUCAACGAUUUGAGUGAUGCUAGUUAAACGUUUUGAAAUAUUAGUAAAAUGCAAGUGAUAAAUCAGCAAUCAUUUUUAAUUCUGUGUUUUCAGAUAGUAUAGUGAUCUACAUCAGGACUUUAUAGUAUUCUACAUUAUUAUGUGUGUCACAGCUCUCACCAAAUGGGGAAAAAGAUCUAUCCAUAGAAGAAAAGAGUAAAAUACUACAUUGGUUUUAAUGCAAAAGUGUAGUAUUGCAACUAGAAUAUAUUAUCAAUAACAUAAUUGACAAUGAAGGCGUGUUAAUGGAGAUGCAAUUGUCCUAUUCAAACGGUACUGUUAAUAAAUAAAAAAACAUUACUAAAUUACAGGCAGGUGUUUGAAGUAUACAGGUGUCUGUAAAGCCCCUAGAAGCUCUUCAUGCUGGUCCCCCAGUGGCUACCAGUUAGGUGUAAAUCUGCAACUCAAAACAAAACCAACAAAGACAAGCUGUUGUAGUUAGAAGAAAACUAAAUAAAGCCAGAUUUUCCGUUUUCUCUCACCCCAUGAACGGUUUGCUACACUGAAUGGUAAAUACUGUUGGAAGUUAUGUGGCACCCCUAACUCAUCAUUUUCAGAAACGAAGCAAAAAUAUGCUUUCAAUAAGCUGAUUUUCAUGCAAGGCACUGCACCGUGUCGUGCCUCAAACAGCACCAUAGAAUCCUAGGCACAAAAUGAGAGAAAUUGGUGUGGCCAGCAACUUCCAAUGGAAAACACUCAAAAAGGAAGGUCAACAUUAUGAGGGCUGGCAGCAAUAUACCUUGAACGAGUCGCUCCGGCCAUCUUGACUGAAAUACUGUACAUACAGUACAAUGAACACUUGAUGCAUAUACUCACACCAGUAUGAUGAUUCUAUGUGUCUACAUUAAAACAUUCUUGUUCAUACUGCAUUAAUAUAUGCUCAUUUUAAACUUUCAUGCAGAGAGGGAAAUCACAACUAAGUCAAUUUACCAAAACUGUAUUUAUUAAACAGUUAUUAAGCUGUGGCACAGACAUUCAUGUAAUUUCAAAACAAAAAGUGCAAGAUUGUCAGAAACAUUUUAAAACAAGCUAUGA